AUGAGCGCCCAAAAACAACUAUCUACUGGUCAAAAUUUCAUCUUUGGAGGCCUUUCGGGCUGUUUAGCCACUGUUGUGAUUCAGCCCACGGAUUUUCUGAAAACAAGAAUGCAGCUUCUCGGAGAAGGAAAGGGAGCAGCCCAGCCCAAUUUUGUCAAGGUUGCAAUGGAGAUUGCCCAGAAAGAAGGCAUCACUACGUUUUAUAGAGGAUUAACAGCAGCCCUUUUCCGACAAAUUACAUAUACCACGACAAGAUUGGGAGUAUUUAAUACAUUGAUCGAUUAUUUUACCACGACCAAAACCAUUACAGAUGAGUCUGGAAAGACCAAGGUUAUCACUGUUCAACCAAAUUUUGCUGCCAAGCUUGGAUGUGGUAUGGUGGGUGGAGCCAUCGGUGCAGUGGUUGGUAAUCCUGCUGACCUGUCACUUGUACGAAUGACCUCAGGUCGGUACGGGUACAAAAACGUUUUUGAUGCUCUUAUUCAAGUGUCCAAGAAUGAAGGAGUGUUUACAUUAUGGAGAGGUUGUAGUCCAACAGUGGUUAGAGCCAUUGUUUUGAAUGCGGCUCAAUUAGGAGUUUAUGCUCAAGCUAAACAAUCAUUAUUGAGUUUUGGUAUUAUCAAAAAUGAUGGUAUGGGCCUGCAUGUAACGGCAUCGCUUAUUGCUGGUUAUGUUUGUACUGUGGUGAGUCUGCCAAUUGACUUGACCAAGACUCGAUUGCAAUCAAUGCAACAAGGAAAAUCACAAGUAUACAAUGGGGCUUUGGACGUUCUUACAAAAACCAUCAAAGCUGAAGGCGUCAUGAGUUUGUGGAAAGGAUUUUGGCCUUAUUUUGCAAGACUUGGACCUCAGACAAUCCUUACUUGGACAUUCCUCGAACAAUUUAGAAAAUAUUUUGGACAAUAA